GCCACUAGCAGGCCUACCGCCUGCCUGUGGAAAAAAAAAAGCGGAAAGGGCUGGGCUAAGAGAGGAAUCAAACCACAACCUGGGCUGCGCUUCCAUCACAAACCAGUUUGGGAGAAAGUAUGUUGUAGAGGAGAGGCUAGUGUAUAACAAGUCACAAACUGUGGCUCAAAACUCGGAUUUCUCUGCGCGCUAAACGUUAAGGAGGCAGCGUCAGAGUUUUGUAUUGGAGUCCAUUUUGAGGUGCUAAGGCUAAUAUAAUUUGUUGUUCUGUAUUUGUGCUGGAUUUGUUUCUUGUUUUGGUGUGCUCAAUGAUGGACACUUACCAAAACCAAGAGGAUGACGCAAUGGCCCUGAUGGUCCACGACACUAACACCGCGAAGGACAAGGAGCGACCGAAGGAGGAACCGGUCCAGGAAAAGGGUUCGGAGAAAACGGACCCGUCUCAAAAACCACCAUAUUCGUAUGUGGCUCUCAUUGCCAUGGCCAUCCGGGAGAGCACAGAGAAGCGCCUGACUCUAUCUGGUAUUUACCAGUAUAUCAUCACCAAAUUCCCUUUCUACGAGAAAAACAAGAAAGGCUGGCAAAACAGUAUCCGGCAUAACUUGAGUCUGAACGAAUGUUUCAUCAAAGUUCCUCGCGAGGGAGGCGGCGAGAGAAAGGGGAAUUACUGGACCCUUGACCCGGCGUGCGAGGACAUGUUCGAGAAGGGAAACUACAGAAGAAGACGUCGAAUGAAACGUCCCUUCAGACCUCCACCGACCCAUUUCCAGCCCGGGAAAUCCCUCUUCGGCGGUGAUGGGUACGGCUACCUGUCCCCUCCAAAGUACCUGCAGUCCAGCUUUAUGAACAACUCGUGGUCGCUGGGCCAACCGCCCACCCCGAUGUCCUACACCUCCUGUCAGAUGGCCGGUGGCAACGUGAGUCCAGUAAAUGUGAAAGGACUGUCCGCUCCCUCCUCAUACAACCCGUACUCCCGGGUGCAGAGCAUGGGUCUCCCCAGUAUGGUGAACUCUUAUAACGGCAUGAGCCAUCACCACCACCCGCACGCUCACCAUGCCCAGCAGCUGAGCCCGGCGACCGCUGCGCCGCCCCCGGUCUCCUCCAGCAACGGAGGUGGCCUGCAGUUCGCCUGCUCCCGCCAGCCUACGGAGCUCUCCAUGAUGCACUGUUCGUAUUGGGAUCACGAGAGCAAACACUCCGCGUUACACACGAGGAUUGACAUUUAAAGUUUACCAGAGGGCCACUUGUAAAAUGGACUCUUGUGAGAGAAAGACAAUAAGUCAAUUCCUGUGUAUUCAAAACAGAAACAACAUUAUUUUUGAAGAGACAAUACAAUGACGGGCUCUUUUGAUCCAAAUAAUGUACUGAAAAUUCAUAUGGAAAGACAUCCAAGUGGGGAUGGUGAGAGAAUUUUCAAAAACUGUAAAUUGUGAGAUUAAGUGGUCACAACUAAGCACGAGGUAGCAUAACUUUUUGUUGCAUUGGACAGAAGGCCGUGCUAUUGUACGUUAUAUUUGUCAAAUCCGACCAGUUCCCUUUUCACGGGGAUACGAAUUCCAUGAAAACAAAACAAACAAACAAAACCCUCUCUCCUGUCUUGGAAUUUUAAACAUCACCUGAACGAGUGAUAAUUGAAUUAUAACUCCUACGUAUUUGAACCAGUAUGUAUAGUGCACUGAGCGGACUCCAGCAAAACCAGGUGAAAUGUUGAUUCUUUAGCCUGUCUUUAUUUUUUUUAUUACCGUGUCACAGUUCUUACUCGGGAUGCAGGUGGGGAGAUAGAGCACCGUCAGAAGGAGCAACACCAAAGAUGUGUUACUUCGGGGGUCAUCGACUUUUUAGGCUUCGUGACCUCUGAUAGAGAUGGUUUGGUUUCCGAUAACAUUCAUUCCAGUGCCAGAUUUUUUUAACCUUUUUUGUUUUUUAUAAUCGUAAUUAUUUUUGUCUCAUUCAUGUUGGGACCAUGUUAAAUUAGCACUUUUCCCUCUUUUUCUAGUAUUUUGAAUUUCUUAAUAAACUUGUAUUUCUUUCAA